AUGUCGGCCUCUCCUGUGGCUCGCCUCCCAGAAACGUCCCUCUGGGCGAAUCGCAAAUGCCUGCUAAUAUGCGGCAUUGUCGCCGUUGCCAACAUGCAGUAUGGCCUUGACUCAGCCGCCAUCGCCAGCCUGCAAGCCAUGCCUGGGUUCCUCGCUGUCUUUGGACAUCCUGACCCUACGCAGCCAGGAGGCUUUGGCAUCGAGUUGAUCGGAUCUCUCCUUACGCUCGGCGCCUUCCUGUCGUCCCUGGUCGCCGGCGCGUUCGCCCACUUCUUUGGUCGCAAGGUUGCGUUGUGGCUGGCAUGUCUUCUCAACGUCGCCGGCGCCGCCAUCCAGAUCGGCACCACCUCGCAGGGUGUCGUCUAUCUGGGCCGUCUGGUACUAGGCAUCGGCAACGGCUUCCUCGUGACGUUCUCCAACAUCUACACCGCCGAGGCCGCACCGGCCCACCUUCGCGCCGUCAUGGUCGCCCUCUUUUCGGAAUGGGUCAACAUCGGCAGCAUCGUCGGGGCGGCCGUCACCAACAGCACCCGAAAGCGCUUCGACAAGGCCUCGUACCAGAUCCCGAUCGGGAUCUUGUUCAUCGUUCCCGUCCUACUAGCCAUAGGCCUUUGCUUUGUCCCAGAGUCGCCGCGCUACCUGCUGAAUAAGGGAAAGAUUGAGGAGGCCAGGAAGGCGCUGGAGACCUUGAGGGCGGACUCGCUCACGCCUCAAGAGCUCGAGCUCGAGUGGACCGAGAUGGAGAAGGGUAUCGAGGAGGAGCAGCGCAUGGCUAGCACAGUCGGGGCUCUGGAUAUGUACAAGGGCACGGAACUUCGGCGAACGUUGCUUUGCUAUGGCAUGAUCGCCUGUCAGACCGCAGCGGGCUCUUGGUUUGUCAUCUCAUACAGCACCUACUUCAUGAUUGUGGCUGGCCUCACUGUCGACGAGGCCUUCAAAUACUCAGUCAUGAACACCUGUCUCGGUUUCAUCGGUGUCAACGUCGGCAUCUACUCCAUGCGCCAUCUUGUCGGCCGUCGAAGCAUUCUCAUGAUUGGCGCAGUUGCGCAGGGUCUGUGUAUGCUAGGCAUGGCCGUCGCCGUGACGGUGCUCGAUCCGCAUUCCCUGACCGCGAGGAAGUGCACCAUUGCCUUUAACGCGCUCUUCAUGUUCAGCUACAAUGCCUUCGUCGGAGAUGCCAGUUAUCCUGUUGCCACGGAGCUCGUGAGCACCCGGCUGCGAUCGUGGACGGUCGGCAGUGCCAUCAGCUUGGGCUAUUUUCUGGCCUGGCUGACGGGCUUCUGCUCGCCAUACUUUAUCAACCCUGGGAACCUGAACUGGGGCGCGAAAUAUGGCUACAUCUGGGCCGGCUCCAACCUUUGCUGUCUCGUCUUUUUCUUCUUCUUCAUGCCCGAGCUCAAGGGCCGCACUCUCGAGGAGAUCGACGAGCUGUUCGCCAAUAAGGUCUCGGCAUGGAAGUUCAAGUCGUACAAGACAACCAUCAUGGAUGAGGCGUUCCGGGAUGUUCAGAAGCGUGAGACGCUCGGCGAGAAGCGAGACGGACAAGAGGCACAGGCGACGGAACUUGUUGAGCACACGGAGCGGUCCAUUGGUGCCAAGAUCAUCUCCCGCCGUAUCGCGACGGCACAUGGGCGACCUUAUCGCAUGCUGUGCCCUGGUGCCAAGACUCCGGUGCGGGACCAAGGGGAGCAAUCUCGCAACCCUCCUCCCUCCAACAGCCACAAGAGUCCCGAACAGGUCUCAAUCCCGCAGCAAGUCUGGAUGGCUGGCCUUAGCCCCGACCCGUAA